UGCCUCCUACUUAUCAUCACCAACACUCGCCGCUCCCACUUCAAAAUUCUUUUCUCUUCUUCCUACCUCUUUCCACAGAUUCUGUCUUUGUUUCUUCUUCAUCAUUAGUGAGAAGUGAGAACCAUGGCCAUUUUGGACGCUUUGUUGGGAACGGCCAAUGUAGCAUUCUUCUAUGUUAUUUUGACAUGGCUUUUGGUUCACAGUUUGAAACAAAGUAAGCGAAACCAUGUUCAUGUUGUUCAUUGGAGACAAGGACCAACAAUUUUCGCUACAAUCACUGUUCUAUCUAACGCUGUUAUUUCCGUUUUCAAUGUGGCUCUUGCUUUUUAUCAAUACAGUAGUAAGAGAGUCAUGGGAUAUGACUCUGUUUCCUUCGCUCUAACUUGGGUUUUAUCAACUAUGGUUUCAUUGUAUUCAAUGAAGACAACACUGAGGGAGAACAAAAGGUUUCCUCUUGUACUAAUCCUAUGGUGGGUCUUUGCUACUAUCACAGAUACACUCUCUGUAUCUGUAAAGCUAGUGAAAAGUCUUGAACCAAUGAACUUGUGGUUUUUCUUGUCUGAGGAUAACAUAGUUGAUACUGUUUCCUUGCCUUUGUUGUUACUUGUCUGUUUCAAUGCACUGCCCAAUGUAAGUGCGAGGGGGCACAGUGAUGUGGAACCACUGUUACUCCAUGAAGAGUUGAAAUCUUCCUUGGAAGAAGAAAAUGAAGAGGACCUCACAAAAGCAAGCACAUGGAGCAAGCUCACUUUCCGAUGGCUGAACCCCAUUUUAAAAACGGGUCGGGUUAAGAAACUUGAGCUUGCUCAUAUUCCUCCUGUUCCUCAUUCUGAGACUGCAGAAAAUGCAUCUUCCACGUUGGAAGAGUCACUUCUCAAGCAGAAACUUGAAGGGGGGUACUUGACAAAAGCUAUUGCUCAUUCUAUAUGGAAAUCCUUGGCCUUAAAUGCAGUUCUAGCUGGUGUUAACACAGUUGCCUCCUAUAUAGGUCCAUUGUUGAUCACAAACUUUGUGAAUUUUCUAUUGGGGAAUAGCGGUAAUACAAGCGUCCAAUAUGGACUGGUUCUUGCAUUUAUUUUCUUCCUCUCAAAGACAGCGGAGUCACUGAGUCAAAGACAAUGGUACUUUGGAGCUCAAAGAAUUGGAAUCCGAGUUCGUGCAGCUCUUAUGGCUCUGAUUUACAGUAAGUCCUUGUCGAUGAAAUCUGCUGGACCAAAUCAUGGCAAAAUAAUAAAUUUGAUCAAUGUGGAUGUUGAAAGAAUUGGGGACUUCUGCUGGUACAUUCAUGGAGUUUGGUUGCUUCCAGUUCAGAUUGUUUUGGCCUUGGUAAUCUUAUACAUAAAUCUGGGAUAUACCCCUUCCAUUGCUGCAUUUGGUGUCACCAUUUUGGUCAUGGUGUGUAACACACCUUUGGCCAAUAUGCAAGAAAAUUUGCACUCCAAGAUCAUGGAAGCAAAGGAUUCAAGAAUUAAAGUGACAUCAGAGACCAUGAAGAACAUCAGAAUUUUAAAAUUGCAUUCGUGGGAAACCACAUUCUUGCAGAAACUCCUCCAACUUAGGGAAACUGAGAGGAGGUGGCUGCAGAAAUACCUCUAUACAUGCUCAGCAAUAGCCACUCUAUUCUGGACAUCUCCAACUUUAGUUUCAGUUGUCACUUUUGGUGCUUGUAUAUUGGUGAAAACAGAACUAACAGCAGCUACCGUCCUCUCAGCUUUAGCGACUUUUCGUAUUUUACAAGAGCCAAUCUACAAUUUACCUGAGCUUAUUUCCAUGAUAGCUCAAACAAAAGUCUCUGUUGAUCGAAUCCAAGAGUUCAUCAGGGAAGAGGGUCAGAACCAAUUCUUCAAUAGGCAGGCUGCAAAAACAUCAACAAUUGCUAUUGAUAUCAGGCCAGGUGAAUAUUCAUGGGAAGCAAAUGAUCAAACCCCCAAGAAACCAACAAUUCAAAUUACAGAAAAGUUAGUAAUAAAGAAAGGCCAGAAGGUAGCAGUUUGUGGGUCUGUUGGGUCUGGCAAAUCAAGCUUGCUCUGCUGUAUGCUUGGUGAGAUUCCAUUAGUUUCUGGGGCAGUAACCAAAGUGUACGGGACUAGAAGUUAUGUACCCCAAAGUCCUUGGAUUCAGUCUGGAUCUGUAAGAGAGAAUAUAUUGUUUGGCAAGCAAAUGAAUAAGGACUUCUAUGAACAUGUUUUGGAUGGCUGUGCUUUGCACCAGGACAUCAACAUGUGGGGUGAUGGAGAUUUGACUCUGGUGGAGGAGAGGGGCAUAAACUUAAGUGGGGGGCAGAAACAGCGGAUUCAAUUGGCAAGGGCCGUUUACAAUGAUUCGGAUAUUUACUUCCUUGAUGAUCCUUUUAGUGCUGUUGAUGCUCAUACUGGAACUCAUUUGUUUAAGAAAUGUCUCAUGAAACUUUUAUAUGAUAAAACGGUUGUUUAUGCUACCCAUCAACUGGAAUUCUUGGAAGCUGCAGACCUCAUCUUAGUAAUGAAAAAUGGAAAAAUAGUCGAGUCAGGAAGGUAUAAAGAUCUCAUAGCAUGUCCCAACUGUGAACUAGUUCAACAAAUGGCUGCUCACCAAGAAACAGUAAACCAAAUAAAUCCAUGCCAAGAAGAUGAUUCUGUUAGCUACAGACCCAUCCAAAAAAUUCAAAUUGAAGUUGCUGAAGAAAACAUUCAAGAGACCAUUGAGGAUUGGAAGAGAAUUAAGGAAGAGGAAGCCGAGACGGGUAGAGUGAAAUGGAGUGUUUACUCAACCUUUGUCACAUCUGCUUAUAAAGGGGCACUUGUUCCGGUUAUUCUUUUCUGCCAGAUUCUCUUUCAAGUUAUGCAGAUGGGAAGCAAUUAUUGGAUUUCUUGGGCCACAGAGCAGAGGGGCUGGAUCAACAAUGAGCAGCUUAUGGGAAUGUUUGUCCUUCUAUCUUGUGGCAGCACCAUCUUCAUACUCGGAAGGACUGUUUUAAUGGCAACAAUUGCCGGGGAAACUGCUCAACGUCUUUUUCAUGGAAUGAUCACUUCAGUUUUCAGGGCACCUGUUUCAUUUUUUGACACCACACCUUCAAGCCGAAUUCUGAGUAGGUCAUCUACGGAUCAAAGUACAGUAGACACAGACAUACCAUACAGAUUAGCUGGACUAGUAUUUGCACUUAUCCAGUUAUUGAGUAUCAUCAUGCUAAUGUCCCAAGUUGCCUUGCAAGUCAUUCUCCUAUUUUUUGUGGUGCUUGCUAUUUCCAUUUGGUAUCAGGCUUAUUACAUCACAACAGCCAGGGAGUUAGCCAGGAUGGUUGGGAUUCGAAAGGCGCCAAUCUUGCAUCACUUCUCAGAAUCGAUUGCUGGGGCUGCCACCAUCCGUUGUUUCAAUCAAGAGCAAUUAUUCCUGACCAAAGUUAAUGCUCUAAUUGAUGAUUAUUCUCGGGUAGCCUUUCACAAUUUUGCCACCAUGGAAUGGUUGUCUGUCAGAAUCAAUUUUCUCUUCAAUCUGGUCUUCUGUUUUGUUCUUGUCAUCUUGGUUACUCUGCCAAGGUCUACCAUUGAUCCAAGCUUGGCAGGUCUUGUAGCUACUUAUGGUUUGAACUUGAAUGUCCUUCAAGCUUGGGUGAUAUGGAAUCUUUGCAAUGUUGAAAACAAAAUGAUAUCAGUUGAGAGAAUAUUACAAUUCUCUAACAUACCAAGUGAAGCCCCAUUGACUAUUCAAGAUUGCAGGCCUGAACCAGAGUGGCCUAGGGAGGGAAAAAUUGAACUUCGUAACCUUCAUAUACGGUAUGAUCCUGCUGCUCCUACGGUUCUCAAAGGUGUCACUUGUGUCUUCCCAGGACAAAAUAAAAUUGGUAUAGUAGGGAGGACAGGGAGUGGAAAAUCUACUCUGGUACAGGCCCUCUUUCGAGUGGUGGAGCCUUUGGAAGGAUGUAUACUUAUUGAUGGUGUAGAUAUUUCAAAGAUUGGUCUGCAAGAUUUAAGAUCUAAACUUGGUAUAAUUCCUCAGGAUCCAACCUUGUUUCUAGGUACUGUAAGGACUAACUUGGAUCCUCUGGAACAACAUGAAGAUCAAGAACUAUGGGAGGUUCUCAGGAAGUGCCAUCUAGCUGAAAUAGUAAGGCAGGAUCCAAGACUCCUUGAUGCACCAGUGGCCGAAAAUGGAGAGAAUUGGAGUGUUGGACAAAGACAGCUUGUUUGUCUUGCCAGGCUUCUACUGAAGAAAAGAAGAAUUUUGGUCCUAGACGAGGCAACUGCAUCCAUUGAUACUGCUACUGACAAUUUAAUUCAGAAGACUAUUAGGGAAGAAACAAGUGGAUGCACAGUCAUUACAGUAGCACAUAGAAUUCCUACAGUUAUUGAUAAUGAUUUGGUUUUAGUCCUUGAUGAAGGGACGAUUGCGGAGUAUGAUCAACCAGCUCAUUUGCUACAGAACAAUUCUUCUUCAUUCUCAAAGUUGGUGUCAGAAUUUUUGAGAUCAUCUCAAAGCAACAGCCAAAAGAGAUAAAGAAUGAGAACAAGCAGAUAUCGUUUUUUUAAGGAGGAUAGUAUAGCAGUGGCAGACCACCUUACGCUAUUUGUACAUAGAAAAAGUUAGGCCCAAUGCUGAGCAAGAUUAGUCUGGCGUUGGAUAGCAGCUCAAGAAACAUUGGCUGAUUAUG